AUUCUUCUACAGUUCCACUUGCACAUGUUCACAUGGACAUAUUGGAUUGUCAAGACUGCAGAACUACCAUGUUGGUGGGUCUUCUACAGUUGCGCCUCUCUUUUAGAACUACCAGCUGCAUGGCAUCUACAGGCAUAUAUUGCGCUGCAUUAUGUACACUGCGGUGCUGUACUCUAGUGCAUAUUCACCCAAAGCUUCAUCGAGCCAACGACUUCCCCCGGCACAUCAACCGAACCCACCAUCCACAAAGAAGGCAAGAACCUUCAAUGGAGUCGCACCACACGAGCAAGCGGAGAGCCAUGGCGGCGGCAGAGGACCGGCUGAGCGGCCUCCCCGACGACCUCCUCCACUCCAUCCUCCGCGGCCUCCCGCUCAAGCACGCCGCCCGCACCAGCGCGCUCUCCCGCUGGUGGGCGCGGCAGUGGCUGCGCGCGCUCGCUUCCUCCCCAGCCAUCGACUUCACCGACCGCGACUUCGCCCGCGGCCAGCCGCCUGCGCGGGCCGCGGCCACGGUCAGCCGCUACCUGAAGCUCCACGCCGAGUACGGCGCGCCGCUCAGCGUGUUCCGCGUGGCAUUGGGGAGCGGCGACGCCGCCGGCGCGUUCGGGCGGGACGUCGUCGGGUGGGUCGCGGCCGCCGUGGCAAGGGGCGCCAGGGACGUGGAGGUGGAGGUGGAUCUGCAGACGCAGUGGCAGGGGGCGGGCAGCGAUCUUGGCGGCUCGGCGUUCUUGGAGCUCCCCGGCGACCUGUUCCUGGCCAAGAACGCGCUGGAGCGGCUCGCGCUCGGCGGGUUCGGCCUCCGCGCCGUCCCGCCCGGCGCGGCCGGGCUCGCGGGCCUCCGCUCGCUCUCCCUCAGCGACGCCGAUGUCACCGACCAGGCAGUUCGGGCCAUGGUCUCCAACUGCGGGGCGCUGGAGUCCCUCAGCCUGAGGCGCUGCCGCCACCUCACGUCGGUGAGGAUCGCCGGCGAGAAGCUGCGGGUCCUCGAGCUCGUCGGCUGCCUGGCCGUGCGCAAGCAGCAGGUCGCCGCGCCCGCGCUCGAGUCCUUCGCCUUCCACGGCGACGUCGUCUGCUCGAGCGACCCCGACGAGGACGACGCUGCCGCCGUCCACUUCGGCGACACGCCGGCCCUGCGGGAUGCGUACCUGUCUCACCUCGACUCCGGCGACUACGACGACGACCGGCACGACUUCGCCUACCCAAACUUCUUGGAGUGCAUCGCGCAUGCCAACAUCUUGACGCUUUGCUCCGUUGGCUUGCUGCAUAUCGAUGUAAGCCGGGGAUUCGCAAUCGGGUUUGAUGCACCGAAUCUGCAAGAGCUGCAGCUGCUGAUGCCCUCUCUAAGAGACGACGACGUGGAGCGCGUCUCCGCCUGUUUCGAGUUCAUCGUUUUCCCAAUCCUGGAUCGCCUCUUCAUCCGUCUCCUCGGCGAACCCGCAGACGCUAGCGGCGCCGCGGCAUCGCCGGCGGCGGCCGGUGAUGACAAGCCAGACAUCGUUCCUAACGUGGACAUCCUUCUCGACCACCUCACGCUCGUCAAGGUGGUGAACAUUCGAGGGACGAGGUGCGAGCUGCGGCUGCUCAGAUUCCUCAUGAACAGGGCCCCUGCGCUGGAGCAGCUGGUGUUGGUCACCGUGGAAGAAGAGGGAGCUCUAGGAGGAGAGGAGAUGGAGGCCAUCCAAACGCGGGUGUUGGCGAUGCGGACGGCUUCGCCGGAGGCGCGCGUCACCGUGUGCCGGCCGGGCGAAGACGGCAGCCGGAACCCCGCGCACAGGAAGUUGUACCAUGAGCAGUAGUUCUUGUAUUUAUUUCAGGUUCUAUGUUCUUCCUGAUCAUUGAAACGUUUUGCAAAUGUAAUACCUAGGCCAUGUUUAGUUCUCAAUUUUUUUUUCCUACAGUACCUAUCACAUCUAAGCUUCGA